AUGCGUCUCCCAGCUAUUAAUACUCACCCCGGCCCAGCAGCUUUGGGCCCAAGCAACCAAAAAGUCAACUUAUCCAAACGAAAGGGGCAAAGUCAGGUAAAUUGUCCCGGUUGCAAUAGGGGGUUCCCGCUUCCAGCGUCUUUGGUUAGCCACCUUGAAGCGGGCGGUUGCCCUAGCAUGAUAGACUUCUUAGACAUAAACUACACAUUCGCGACAUAUCUGAAGGCAGAGAAGCUUCUCCUUUCCGAUAACCGCAAGUCACUUGGGAGCCUUCUGAACUACCAGGAUAUUCAGGCCACAAGACCCUUUCAAUGUCCUGGGAAUGGCUGUGGGCUCACAUUUUCGGUUCUGAGUGGAUUGAUUCAGCAUUCAGAUUCCAGCAGAUGCAGUGCAAGCAUUGGGCGGCCGAUGAUCAUGCACCACUUGCGCACCAACGUUUACUAUCAAAGCAUUAUCCGCAAAAUGCAGAAAAUGGCUAUCAGGGGCCCGACGACAAUGUUCGUAAGGCCUCCUCCAUACCAAGUAAAUCAGAACUUUCUGCACCUACCAGAACGCUGGGGUCCAGCGUUUUCGAAGCUCAAAUCAGAUCUAUUCUCUGCAGUUACUAGGAUCUCAUGUGGCAACCCAGACAAACAAGGACGAAAUUUCAUGGUCUUCCAGGACCCGCAUAAUAUGGGAAAUAUUCUCGAAAGUAUCGAGAAUUCAGUUACGUGGCUUCGCGGGGAGCUAGGAAAGAUCGAACCCGCGCAAAAUGACAGGCACAGCAACGACCUGGGAAAAGUAUUGGUAUGCUUUGGGACGACGGAAGAAACCCAUAGCCUCUAUCGUUUCUUGAAUGAUGUUGAAAAAUUCAAGAAUGUCCUACGCAAGGAGCUCCAUGAGACCCCUCUUCCUCUAUAUUGUGGCGACUUUCAGGUCUCUUAA